AUGUCGCUCAUUAACGAGCCCAGCGUCGACUUUCACUUAAAGCUCAAUGAACAAUCCUUCCAUAUCCCCAACGAGCUCUUGAAGAGGAACGCGAAGCUUGUCAACAAACUGAUAGAGAAGGAAACUAAAAGAGUCAGUAGCCUCUUCGAAGAUGUGAAUACGCUCAUGGCAGGCCAUGAUGACCAUUCCGCAAUGACUAAACUUGGCGAAAUCAUUAAGGCCGUUGAGUUGUUAGAACGGAAACUAGAGAAAAGAAUCACCGUUGAAUCAGAACUUUUACAACGCAUCGAGUACAGAAUAAACUAUUUCAAAGAGCUAGACUCUUUAAAGGGAAACGAGGACAAGGAUGGACUUGUUGAGUGGUAUCGGAGAUACACCAAUAUUUUGGUAGGCGAUUACCUCACCCGGAACAGCGAGAUUUACGAAAAUGAACUGACUGAAUUGGAUCGCAGCGCUCAUACGCGGCAGAAGCGCAAGCUUUCAUCUUCUGGUGGUAGUACCCCGCCCUUGAAUGCAGGAAUACAAUUUUUGAGGUCUCAGGGGCUCGAACAUCAUCUUGACUACGACAUUCUGGUGACAGCCAACCGUAUUUCCAAAAACUUAACAUCGAACCACGACUUAUCAUUAUUGGUGAACUGGAUAAAGGAGAAUCAGGCAUAUCUUGUUAGCAAAUCGUCCCCAUUGGAAUUUGAAACUAGAUUACAGGAGUAUAUUGAGCUUGUUAAAGACCAAAACUAUCCCAGCGCUAUAAGCUGCUUCCAAACCCAUCUAGUCAAGUUCAUAAAAACCAAUUUUGAGGAGCUGAAGCUAGCCUCGGGACUGUUGGUUUUUAUCAAAAGCUAUCAACAACAAAUGCAUACGCCUGUUGAUGUCGAGGAGAAGGACGUUUCUAACUUGAGUUCGCGCUCAGGGUUUUUUCGUUAUUUUUUUAAUAGGCCAUCUUUGAAACCGCCACGCGAACUCAAACAGCCAACGACGAGUGAGGUAAGAAUCAAGAGUGCUAGCCACGCAAACUUUGAGAGAUACACCCAAGUUUUGAGUGAUGAGAGAUGGGAUGUGUUGAAAGACCUGUUUCUUCAGGAGUAUUACUCUAUGUAUGGAAUUUCCCAACAUGAGCCCUUGCUGAUAUAUUUAUCGCUUGGAAUUUCGACUUUAAAAACAAGGGCGUGCAUGCACGAGAUGGAAACUCAUGGUGGGAGUAAUGACUCGCUUACUAACUACUUGCGUGGUGAAAUAACUAAGACCAAUUGCCCGGUUUGUAGCAAAGAAUUUUCAGCCAUAUCAGGCAACCUUCCCUAUGCGCACCACAUUCAAUCAAGUCUGUUUGAUGACCCUGUAAUGCUUCCGAACGGCAACAUCUACGACUCAAAAAAGCUGAAGCAGUUGGCUGUUGAGCUGCGCAGCAAAAUGCUCUGCGAGCUUCAAUCGGACCAAAUCCUUGAUCCGAUUGACCAGAAAGUUUUCUCUGAGAAGGAUUUUAUUACUAUGUAUCCGACAUAA